UGGCUGGCUCCGGGUACAUGCAUUUGCAGUGGGGUCUCCCCAGGGCUCCGUCCCCUUUCUCCGUGGUCGUGCUGGUCAGUCUGCUUGCGUAGACAUCGUAACUGCUCUCCUUCAGGCAGAUAUCGUAAACUGACUUCCAGCUUUUCAGGCUAAAGCUGCCCGCUGGUGGAAAAAACUUCAGUUUUGUGAGUUAAGCAAAAAUUGUAUCAGCUAGCUCAAGUAAGCAAGAACUCUUAAUCCCAUCACCAUUAAGCAGAAUUAAAACGCUGGGCUCCCGCUCGGAGAACUCUAUAGCGGCCCCUCCAUCUGUCUGUCCAUUCCUCCCACCCUUCAUCUCUGGUGUAUGCGCUUGUUUCUCUCCCUCUCCCGCCUAUCAAAACUUCCUGGUCUGCUUCGAGGUUUGCUCACGAUGUUGACAUAGCUGCGGGAAAGCCUCAGCGGGACUGGCCUGGAUGAUUGCCUGCAGCAGUAUGUCCAUAAAUUCGAACGGGAGAAGAUAAAUGGUGAACAACUGUUGCAGAUUUCUCACCAGGACCUUGAAGACUUGGGUAUCUCACGGAUUGGACACCAGGAACUGGUUCUGGAGGCUGUGGAUCUCCUGUGUGCUCUGAACUAUGGCCUUGAAACAGACAAUAUGAAGAACCUGGUUCUCAAGCUGCGAGCAUCAUCCAACAAUCUGCAAAAUUACAUCAGUAGCCGUAGGAAAAGUUCAAAUUAUGAUGGAAAUACCUCUCGCAAACCCCCCAAUGAAUUCCUUACUUCUGUGGUAGAGCUUAUUGGAGCUGCUAAAGCCUUACUUGCAUGGUUGGACAGGGCCCCGUUUACAGGUAUUGCUGACUUUUCAUCAAUGAAGAACAGAAUAAUUCAGCUCUGCUUGGAUCUCACUACUACUGUUCAGAAGGACUGCACUGUUGCUGACAUGGAAGAUAAAGUUCAGGCUGUAGCCAAGACUUUAAAUGGCAUUUGUGAUAAAGCUAUCCGAUCAACUACGGAUCCGUUGAUGAGCCAGUGUGCAUGUCUGGAGGAGGUUCAUUUAACCAACAUUAAACCUGGGGAAGGCCUGGGAAUGUACAUCAAAUCAACUUAUGAUGGAUUACAUGUAAUUACUGGAACUACAGAAAAUUCCCCUGCUGAUCGAUCUCAAAAGAUUCAUGCUGGUGAUGAAGUGAUCCAAGUCAAUCGUCAGACUGUGGUUGGAUGGCAAUUAAAAAACCUUGUGGCAAAGUUGCGAGAGAAUCCUGCUGGCGUUAGGCUGCUUCUUAAGAAACGUCCUACUGGCUCCUUCCAUUUCACACCCGCUCCACUGAAGAACCUGCGUUGGAAACCACCCUUGGUGCAGGUGAGAGGCUGCCGGCUCAACUGUUCUGUCAAGAUGGGAAUGCCUUGGUUGCAACUUGAAAAAGAGAAAUACCAGAAAUUCUCCCAGACCAGCCCUUUGCCAACUUCAACCCAGUCACCAGAAAGCACCAUGGAUACCUCACUGAAAAAAGAGAAGCCAGCCAUUUUGGAUCUGUACAUACCACCUCCACCAGCUGUUCCGUAUUCCCCUCGAGAUGAAAAAGGGAGUUUUGUAUAUGGAGGAGGCAACAAAUCCGGUCAGCCCCUACCUGGGUCCAAGGGUGCCGAGUCUCCCAAUUCUUUUCUGGAUCAGGAGAGUCGAAGGCGAAGGUUUACUAUUGCUGAUUCGGAUCGGUUGCCUGGGUAUCCCACGGAAGCAAAUAUCGUAUCAGCCAAGAUGAGGGAAAAAACACAGUCUUAUGGAAAACCCCGUCCUUUGUCAAUGCCUGCUGAUGGAAGCUGGAUAGGAGCUGCAGAACCCUUCUCUAGGCCACGAGCAUCAGGGAGAAAAGGCAAGGUUCUAGGUGAAGAAGUCCUCUGCAGGUACUUCAGUAAUGAAAGGAUACCCCCAGUCAUUGAAGAAAACCCCACCACACAACACCCCCUCUCAAGACCAGUGUCUGACAAGCACUUAGUGAGGGGAACGGAUUAUAUUCGAGGCAGCAGGUGUUUUAUGAAUACAGACCUCCACAACAGUGCAACAAUUCCUUUUCAAGAGGAGGGUGCUAAAAAAUCCUCUGUUACAUCGUCCACAAAAUCUUCUUCUGCAGAGCCCUCGCUGCUGGUCAGCUGGAUCACGAGACUGAAAUUGUUGACUCAUUGACUGUUGUUCACAGGACUGUUACCAAGUGCCUUUGCUCAUCGGUCAGACUUCUCUACUUUUCAGCUUAACGGAUGCAUAGUGACUAAUGCAGUGUUCUUUUUCCUGGAGAAUCUCACACUUUUGCCUUUUUGUUUGUGAUUUUUUUUUUUCUUUUUUGAUGGAUCAGAGGGUUUUAUGGCACAAGGAGGGAGGAAAGAUAAAGGUUAAGUUUCGCUUCCUGGCCAAAAGCUGAGGGCAUUUAUUACCCUGGAAACGAGGAAAAUUUCAGUGAUAUAGAGGCCACACGUGACCUGAAAUACACAAAAUGACUCAGAGGAAAUCAUUAUGUUACUGUAAAGGGGCACUUCAUUUGUCUGAAUGCUCAGAGGCUGGUGCGACUGACGGGUGUCAGAGUACGUAGAGUUCAGCAAAAGUUGUGCUGCUCUCCUGACCAGGAAAGGUAAGCAGGGAAAAGGCAGUUUCAUGCUAAUUAGUGAAGCUGUUGCAAGUGCUGCAUGAGAUCAAGCUUGUGAGAAAGAAGUACUAGCAUUGCCAUUCUUUCUCUGAUAUCCACAGAUCUUAGGAAGCCUUAGGAAGAGAGUUCUCUUACUCAGAGAUCUUAAUAAGUUGGACCAAUUUAAUUAUAAAUCAAUCCAUUUUAUUGAAAUCACAGUACCAAUACAGAGCGCUGAACAGCUGUGGUGUUCAUCCAUAAAGAAAUAUGGAUUGCUACAACAUGCCAAGGAGAUGCAUCUGUAGAGGUGGUAAAAGAAUAUAUAUUUUUCCUUAAUUGUUUAAGAAUGAUUUGCUGUUAACCAAAGUAGGCUGUUAAAGACAGUCCUGUUGGACUAAUGAGAAUUUUGACAGUGGUUCAGUUUUUGAAUGAUGUAUUGUUUUUAUGAGAAAAAUGUGCUAUGAUACAUUACAAUUGUAAGACGUCUUGCUAUUUUCUAUAUAGCUCAAAUUUGUCCACCUCCAGAAUUUUAAAGUAGCAUUGGGUAUUUUGGGAGGAAAAUAAAACUUGUUUAACAAAAGAGGAGGAUAUUAAAGAGGUAUUGUUUAAACCUGAAUGUACAUAAGAUUGUUAGUAUGCAAACAGUUGUGUUUAAAGUAAUUUAAAUGUUAAAUAUAGUUGUAUAUAUUUUUUUCACUUAAACAGAUAUAGUUUGUACCUUCCUGUCUGCAGUACUUGGCACAGAUUAGUCAAAUGCAAAGACAAAGCAAGUCUUUUACUCCUCACUAAUUGUAAGACUAACUAUUUUUGUAUAAGAUGCAUUGCCAACAGUGUUUAGGCCUUUGGUCUUGCUGAAGAAAAGAAGAAUUUCUAUUUAAUAAUCGGUGGAGAAAGAGGGAAGUUAAAUGUCCAUUAGCAUUUUGGAUGGGGGAGGAAUUGUAUGUGGUAACAUCAGUGUUAAAACCAUACUAUGAUUCUGUCUUGUGAAAGUGUGACCAUUCUGCUGCAACAAGUUAGUGAAGUUGUGCUACAACCCUGCAGAGACACAGGGUGUUAAAUUCAGUUUUCAAUUAAUUAUGUUUGAUUCUGACUCACUGGUGAUUUAGGUGGGGGCUGGUUUGGACUUUUUUGAUCAAUGCAGAAUAUAAUUUGCCUGUCUUGUGUCACUCUUCUCUACCCUGCAAAGACAGUAGCCUGUAGUAGAGAUGUGGCCAAACACAGCUGCAGUGCAAUUGAAUCCUCCAUGAGUUCAGUCCUGCCUCUGAGGAAAGGGCUGAAAUUGUCAUGUUGCAUGCAGUGUUGUAGUGUAUAGUCCAGCCCCAAAUUGACUGAACUGUUUUAAUUUAAUGUACUUCCAUAACUUUUAUUUAAAGUCAGAGAUGUUGUCUUAACAAGGCUUUAUAAUAGAAUUUUUGCUUAUCUUUAAUGUACUGUUUUCCAUGGUUUAAAAAGUGAAUGGUGGGGACGCACUUUGGUUUAUGCAUUCAUGCAUAUUGAUGUGGAAGAUCUAUAGGUGCACUCGGUUUCUUUGAGUUGUACCCAGGCACAUUUUUAAGACACUGAAAAGUUUUCUCACUUCAUUUGGCUAGCUUCUCUUGCAGUUUGAUCUAUGAGUAGUGAAAUAAGUUUGCCCUAAUUUAACAAGUAGAUUGAAACCACUGCAGCUAUGAAGAAAGAGGAAUUUAUAAGCAUUUAGGCAGUGACACUUUCAAAAUUGGUCUUGUUGCCAAAACACAAGCUAAUUCUCCCUUCACCACUGAAAAACACCCCUUCAAACCAACAACAAAACAAACCCAACCAACUAAUGUCCUUUCAAGUUCAUCCUCUCCAUGUUCCAGUGUCCUAACCAUGCGGAAUUAAGGUACUGAAUUUGACCGUUUGUCAGUCAAUCAUAAGGAUAUCCAACAGUUGAUUGUCCAGGGAGAGAGUUGCCUGGCUCUUAUGAACAGGGGAAACAUAGGUUCUUUUCUGGAAAUCAACAGAAGUGGUAUUGUAGUUUCUCAGAAUCACAGAAUGGUUGAGGUUGGAAGGGACCUCUGGAGAUCAUGUUGUCCAAGCCACUGCUCAGGCAGGCCCACCUAGAGGUGGUUGUCCAGCAUCACAUCUAGACAGCUUUUGUGUAUCUCCAAGAAUGGAGGCUCUGCAACCUCCCUGGGCAACAUCUGCCAGUGUUUGGUCACCCUGACAGUAAAAAAAAGUGUUUUUCACUUUUCAGAAGGAAUCUCCUGUGUUUCAGUUUGUGCCUCUCACCUCUGGUCCUGUCACUGGGCAACACUGAAAGGAGCCUGGCUCCUUCAUCUUUGCUUUCUCCCUUCAGGUAUUUAUACACAUUGAUAAGAUCCCCCUGAGCCUUCUGUUCUCCAGGCUGAACAGACCCAGCUUUCUCAGCCUCUCCUCACAGGAGAGGUGCGCCAGUCCUUUCAUCAUCUGGAUGUCCCUUUUUUGAAUUCUCUCCAUAUCUCUCUCAUACUGGUGAGCCCGGAACUGGACACAGUACCCUAGAUGUGGCCCCAUGUGUGCUGAGUAGAGGGAAAGGAUGGCCUUUCUCAAUCUGCUGGCAAUACUUUGUUUAAUGGAGUUAAGUUUCCAUUGUAAAUUAGCAAGACCAUUGAAAACAGUCAUGCAUGGUUUCUCGAUCAAGAAGGCAAAUAAUGUUGGGGUUUUUUUCCCCCUUGUGCUUUAUCCAUCAUUGUUGAUGGACUUUUGGCCAUCGGAGUGUAUGUAUGCAGAAUAAACGUAGCAGAACACGA